UACUGUGGUCCAGCUUUCAGGUUUGCUUUUAAUGCUCUCGGUUUCCUGUUCCGGAGGCGCAGGCGGCGCUAAGAUCUUGGCGGCUCCGCUAUAUAAGUCUGGCUUUGCUCUGACGGAGAUUCCCGAGAGCCUCUUGAUGCUCUGCCAGGGCCUGUGAAGGAUUCAGAAAUGACUAUGAAUCAAUCCAAUCCAUCAAGGAGCUAAUAAUCUAGUGGAGGAGUUAGACAUGUGCACACAUGGCUAUAAUAUGAGGAAGUCUCUGAGCUUAUAUUAUCUGUGGAAGAUGUGACAUAUCCAGAUAGUACGUCACUAUGCAAGGCAGCUCAUGUCAUAGAAUGUCGUUCCACCCAGGACGAGGGUGUCCCCGAGGGCGAGGAGGACAUGGAGCCAGACCCUCAACACCAGCCUUCAGGCCCCAAAAUCUGAGACUGCUUCACCCUCAGCAGCCUCCUGUGCAAUACCAAUAUGAACCUCCCAGUGCCCCAUCCACCACAUUCUCGAACUCUCCAGCCCCCAACUUUCUGCCUCCUCGCCCAGACUUUGUACCCUUCCCUCCACCCAUGCCUCCGUCAGCACAAGGCCCUCUCCCGCCGUGCCCAAUCCGGCCCCCCUUCCCCAACCACCAGAUGAGGCCCCCCUUCCCCGUGCCUCCCUGUUUUCCUCCCAUGCCGCCUCCCAUGCCCUGUCCCAAUAACCCCCCGGUCCCUGGAGCACCUCCUGGACAAGGCGCUUUCCCCUUCAUGAUGCCCCCUCCCUCCAUGCCCCACCCCCCACCCCCUCCGGUCAUGCCACAGCAGGUCAAUUAUCAGUACCCUCCAGGGUACUCCAACCACAAUUUCCCACCUCCCAACUUUAAUAGCUUCCAGAACAGCUCCAGUUCCUUCCCCCCCAGUGCUAGUAAUAGCAGUAGCCCUCAUUUUAGGCACCUCCCUCCAUACCCGCUCCCAAAGGCUCCUAGUGAGAGGAGGUCCCCAGAAAGGCUCAAGCACUAUGACGAUCACAGGCACCGGGAUCACAGUCACGGGAGAGGCGAGAGGCAUCGGUCCCUGGACCGGAGGGAUCGAGGCCGAAGCCCCGACAGGAGAAGGCAAGACGGCCGCUACAGGUCAGAUUACGAGCGAGGGAGGACGCCGCCCAGGCACCGGAGCUACGAGCGAAGCAGAGAGCGGGAACGGGAGAGACACAGGCACCGGGACAGCCGAAGAUCACCAUCUCUGGAAAGGUCCUACAAAAAAGAGUAUAAGAGAUCUGGAAGCCGCUCUCCAAGUAGGGAGAAGAAGAGAGCUCGCUGGGAGGAGGAAAAAGACAGGUGGAGUGACAACCAGAGUUCUGGCAAAGAGAAGAAUUAUACCUCAAUCAAGGACAAAGAACCAGAGGAGGCGCUGCCUGACAAAAAUGAAGAGGAGGAGGAAGAACUUCUUAAGCCCGUGUGGAUUCGAUGCACCCACUCAGAAAACUACUACUCCAGUGACCCCAUGGAUCAGGUGGGAGAUUCUACUGUAGUUGGAACAAGUAGGCUCCGUGACUUAUAUGAGAAGUUUGAGGAGGAGUUGGGGAGCAGGCAAGAGAAGGCCAAAGCUGCCAGACCCCCGUGGGAGCCUCCCAAGACGAAGCUAGAUGAAGAUUUGGAGAGUUCCAGUGAAUCUGAAUGUGAGUCUGAUGAGGACAGCACCUGUUCUAGCAGCUCAGACUCUGAAGUUUUCGACGUCAUUGCAGAAAUCAAACGCAAAAAGGCCCAUCCUGACCGACUUCACGACGAACUUUGGUACAAUGACCCAGGCCAGAUGAAUGAUGGCCCACUCUGCAAAUGCAGCGCAAAAGCGAGACGCACGGGAAUCAGGCACAGCAUUUAUCCCGGAGAAGAGGCCAUCAAGCCCUGUCGUCCUAUGACCAACAAUGCUGGCAGACUUUUCCACUAUCGAAUUACAGUCUCACCUCCUACAAACUUUUUAACUGACAGGCCAACUGUUAUCGAAUAUGAUGAUCAUGAGUAUAUCUUUGAAGGAUUUUCUAUGUUUGCACACGCCCCCCUGACCAAUAUUCCACUGUGUAAAGUAAUUAGAUUCAAUAUAGACUACACGAUUCAUUUCAUCGAAGAGAUGAUGCCUGAGAAUUUUUGUGUGAAAGGACUCGAACUCUUUUCAUUAUUCCUAUUCAGAGAUAUUUUGGAAUUAUAUGACUGGAAUCUUAAAGGUCCUUUGUUUGAAGAUAGUCCUCCCUGCUGCCCAAGAUUUCAUUUCAUGCCACGUUUUGUAAGAUUUCUUCCAGAUGGAGGAAAGGAAGUGCUGUCCAUGCACCAGAUUCUCCUUUACUUACUACGGUGCAGCAAAGCCCUGGUUCCCGAAGAGGAAAUUGCCAAUAUGCUUCAGUGGGAAGAACUUGAGUGGCAGAAAUAUGCAGAAGAAUGCAAAGGCAUGAUCGUCACCAACCCUGGAACGAAACCAAGUUCUGUCCGCAUCGACCAACUGGAUCGUGAACAGUUCAACCCCGAUGUGAUUACUUUUCCGAUUAUCGUCCACUUUGGGAUACGCCCAGCACAGUUGAGUUAUGCUGGAGACCCACAGUACCAAAAACUGUGGAAGAGUUAUGUGAAACUUCGCCACCUCCUAGCAAAUAGUCCCAAAGUCAAACAAACCGACAAACAGAAGCUGGCACAGAGGGAGGAAGCGCUCCAAAAAAUACGACAGAAGAAUACCAUGAGGCGAGAGGUAACAGUGGAGCUGAGUAGCCAAGGAUUCUGGAAAACUGGCAUCCGUUCUGAUGUCUGUCAGCAUGCGAUGAUGCUGCCUGUUUUGACCCAUCAUAUUCGCUACCACCAGUGCCUAAUGCAUCUGGACAAGUUGAUAGGAUAUACUUUCCAAGAUCGUUGUCUGUUACAGCUGGCCAUGACUCACCCAAGUCAUCACUUAAAUUUUGGGAUGAAUCCUGAUCAUGCCAGGAAUUCAUUGUCCAACUGUGGAAUUCGACAACCCAAAUAUGGAGACAGAAAAGUUCAUCACAUGCACAUGCGGAAAAAAGGAAUUAACACCUUAAUAAAUAUUAUGUCACGCCUUGGCCAAGAUGAUCCAACUCCUUCAAGAAUUAAUCACAACGAACGGUUGGAGUUCCUGGGUGAUGCUGUUGUUGAAUUUCUCACCAGUGUCCAUUUGUAUUAUUUGUUUCCUAGUCUGGAAGAGGGGGGAUUAGCAACCUACAGGACUGCCAUCGUUCAGAACCAGCACCUUGCCAUGCUCGCGAAGAAACUUGAACUGGAUCGAUUUAUGCUUUAUGCUCAUGGACCUGACCUUUGUAGAGAAUCAGACCUUCGACAUGCAAUGGCUAAUUGUUUUGAAGCAUUAAUAGGAGCUGUUUACUUGGAGGGAAGUCUGGAGGAAGCCAAACAGUUAUUUGGACGCUUACUCUUUAAUGAUCCGGACCUGCGCGAAGUCUGGCUCAAUUAUCCUCUCCACCCACUCCAGCUUCAAGAGCCAAAUACCGAUCGACAACUUAUUGAGACAUCUCCGGUUCUACAGAAACUUACUGAAUUUGAAGAUGCCAUUGGAGUAAUUUUUACCCAUGUUCGACUUCUGGCAAGAGCAUUCACAUUGAGAACUGUGGGAUUUAACCAUCUGACCCUAGGCCACAAUCAGAGGAUGGAAUUCCUAGGUGACUCCAUAAUGCAGCUGGUAGCCACAGAAUACUUAUUCAUUCAUUUUCCAGAUCAUCAUGAAGGACACUUAACUUUGUUGCGAAGCUCUUUGGUGAAUAACAGAACUCAAGCCAAGGUCGCCGAGGAACUGGGCAUGCAGGAAUACGCCAUCACCAAUGACAAGACCAAGAGGCCUGUGGCCCUUCGGACCAAGACAUUGGCAGACCUUUUGGAAUCAUUUAUCGCAGCCCUGUACAUUGACAAGGACUUGGAAUAUGUUCAUACUUUCAUGAAUGUUUGUUUCUUUCCACGACUAAAAGAGUUCAUUUUGAAUCAGGAUUGGAAUGACCCCAAGUCCCAGCUUCAGCAGUGUUGUCUGACGCUUAGGACGGAAGGAAAAGAGCCGGACAUUCCUCUGUACAAGACUCUGCAGACAGUCGGGCCAUCCCAUGCUAGAACCUACACUGUGGCCGUCUACUUCAAGGGAGAGAGAAUCGGCUGUGGGAAAGGACCAAGUAUUCAGCAAGCGGAAAUGGGAGCAGCAAUGGAUGCACUUGAAAAAUAUAACUUUCCCCAGAUGGCCCAUCAGAAGCGGUUCAUUGAACGGAAGUACAGACAAGAGUUAAAAGAAAUGAGGUGGGAAAGAGAGCAUCAAGAGAAAGAGCCAGAUGAGACUGAAGACAUAAAGAAAUAAAGGAGGGCACGGAAGUGGUGGUGUAUUUACUUGCCUAAUAACUGUGACUGUUGCCCAUCGGAGACUUAGCCUAGUUUUCCUGGAGACAGUGAAUGAAGUGUGCCCAUUGAAAUAAAACACAAAGUCAAAUCA